CAUCGUUAUGUGUGCCGCCAAAACGCUCGUUGAACAGAAGAACUAUUUUUCUUUUCGGAAGAAGAUCCGACAAAGCGGCCUGUUUCUGUUUGUCUACAGCCAACAAACUACGAAAACACGAACCAAGCGACGAUGUACGCCAGGACAAACACCGGCAGCACACAUGGAGACUUCCAAGACAGAAACGGAGUAAACUAUGUGACAUCGACAGAGUCUUUCAGCCACUGCUCUCAAUUGUUCUGGAAAAAGGACCCGAACGACUCCGGACCAAGUUCGACCAUCAGCUGGUGUGAUCAGCUCCCCACCUCCUCAGCAGCGCUCUCCAGCUCCGCCCUGUCCUCAGCGUCUCUCUCCAUGGAGUCUCGAGCCCAGGCGCCCACGUCCACGGCGGCGUCGGCGGCAGAUGACAUGGAGUCAGACGAGCGGCCGUACGUCUGCGACCUGUGCACCUGUGCCUACAAGCACGCCAGCUCGCUGCUCAACCACAAGCUCACUCACAAGACUGGAGACUUCAGGUGUGACUUUUGCAGCAAGCCUUACACCAACUACAUGUCGUUGCGCAACCACAUGCGAAUCCACGGGCAGAAGCGCUACAUGUGUGACUUGUGUGGCAAAGCCUUCCGCCUGGCCCGCUACCUCCGCAACCACCAGAGGAUCCACGACGACGGACCCAACCGCUUCGACUGUCCGUCCUGCUGCAAGAGCUACCGGACCAUGCUGGAGCUGGCCCAGCACCGCUGCACGGCCGCCUCGUCCAACCAGAACCGGUUCAACUGUCCGUCCUGCUUUAAGAGCUACCGAACCAUGCUGGACCUGGCCCAGCACCGCUGCAGCGCCGCGGCCAAAAACCAGUCCGGGGGCCGUCGAUCCAACUACUCAGCGAGCGCUCGCCGCCAGCAGCAGCAGCAGCAGCAGCAGAGCAGCAGUUCCUCCAUGAUGCAGCCGCAGCACGGGGGCCAUGGACAGCAGGACGCUCUGCCGUCCCACUGCGUCUCACCCAUGUCCCAAGGAGGACCGGCCAGCCAGACGGUAUCCGACCCCCACCAGGGCCGCUCCAGCUCGGUGUCGUCCCAGAGCAGCCAGAGCAUGAGGAGCUCCUCCUCCAACAAGCACGUGUCCUCCUCCAGCGCCUCCUCCUCGUCCUCCUCCUACUCCCUGCUGCAGCCGCUGGUGCCCGAGGUAAAGGAGCUCAGCUCCGGAUACACUAGGCUGAGCGCCAACCCCAUGCCCAAACACCAGGACGCGUUCUCCCUGGCCCCCCAGCGGCCCCUCACCACCAUCAACCCCAUCAGCCACCCGCUCCACCCGAACGGCGCCCCCACGCUGAAGCCGCCGCCGGUGCCCCGCAGCAUCCAGGCCAUGCCCUGGGAGCAGCGCUCGCUCUACAAUCAAUGAGAGUCCCCCAGCAGACAGCACCGCCCACCUCACCUCCACGACCCCCACACCCCGCCGGAGCCCGGGACGGAGGGCCGCGGACGUCCCCGCUCUGCGGACGCCUCUUUGGAACGCCGUUUGGGAACCAUUGAGAACUAGUAGAGAACGGUUACUGAGUAGUUAGGUUGGAAACGACGUUUUGCCUUGCCCCUCAUGUAUGAUCUAUGCCAUGUACUGGAUAUAAGUUAAAGUGUCUGUCCUCUCCCGUCCUGCUGUAGUUAUAUCUAUCAUUCCCCUAUGAGUAGUGUCCCCGCCCCCUCCAUGUACUAAAUACCACGAAAGGUUCUUUUAUUGAGAGUGUGUCCUCCAGUGAUGAAACCAUGUGGCCAGCGUGUGGCAGAGCAGCUUUUCUAUCCUCUGGAAGGGAGGAAGGGAUCUGGAACCAGGGACUCGUGCUGCCUGGACUCCCUCAGUGUUAGAGAAUGAACAUUGUGUUGUGGUGGAGCCGCCCUCCGCCCUCCGCCCUCAACCCUCUGCCCUCAACCCUCCACCCUCUGCCCUCUGCCCUCCACCCUCUGCCCUCUGCUGUCCGUCCUCAACCCUCUGCCCUCCACCCUCAACCCUCCGCCCUCAACCCUCUG